AUGGGAAAUUUGUGGUUAUUAGCCGAAGUAGCCGCUAAAGUGCCGAAAGCCGAAAUAGCAACUGGACGACAGACAGGGUUAAACUCAACAAACCAAGAAGAAAGUAUUGAACAAAAGAUUUGUCCCACAUGUGGGAAAGGUUUCUCUCGAUCAUACAAUAUGAAAAGGCAUAUGAGGACUCAUACCGGUGAGAAACCUUACAGUUGUCCCACAUGCGGGAAAAGCUUCGCUGGUUUAUCAGAGAUGAAAAGGCAUGCGAAGAUUCAUACUGGUGAGAAGCCUUACAGUUGUCCCACAUGUGGGGAAAGCUUCUCUGGAUCAUACAAUAUGAAAAGGCAUAUGAAGACUCAUACCGAUGGGAAGCGUUAUGGUUGUCCCACAUGCAGGAAAAGCUUCUCUCGAUCAGACAAUAUGAAAGAACAUAUGAGAAUUCAUGCCGAUAAAAUGCCGUACAGUUGUAAGGUAUGCGGGCAGGUUUUCAAACGAAAACCAUAUUUGAAAAGCCACAUGAAAACUCACAACAAAAAUAGGCCACUCUUCAACUGUACUGUCUGCGGCAAAUGCUACCUGAAUUACGACCGGUUGAAUUUACAUAAGAAGAAUCAUGAAAGAAGCUGA